AUGGAAGAAAUGAAAGCCGUCAAAAAGCAGCCCGAACGUCUAAAACACUACGAUGAAGGAGACAGUAGCGGCUCAGAAUCAGACUCAAACUCUUCUUCAACAAAUUCUGAAGCAAGCUUCAAUGAUGAGAAAUGCAGUUGUACGUUCGGAUGCGAUUGCUUACUCGGCCCGAAGAGCUGUCGAUUAUGCUGUGGUUGUCUUCCAGCCAUCAAUGAAAGCACGGGAACAAAGCUGAUGUACAGUAUUUUCCUGAUUAUUUUUACAGUCCUAGCGACUGUACUCUCCUCCUCCAAAGUCGUCGAACUCAUCAGGGAAAAUGAAGCAUUACAAGGAUUUUGUGAUCAAACGGCGACUGAAAUCACCUGUGAUGAGAUUUUUAGUACAACAGGUGUCUAUAUUAUUUUCCUAUCGCUUGGAAUGUUUUUCUUCGUCCUGCUCUUGCUAACGAUAGGGAUCAAAAACUCAUCGCAAUCGAGAGCAUCGAUUCAUAAUGGCUUCUGGUUUUGGAAGCUCGUGAUUCUAGUGGCAAUCGUUGUUGGAAUGGGGUACACGAUGUUUUUUCAUUUGAAUUCGGAUGCGGUUGAUUUAUUCUUGGAAAUUUGGAUGUGGACUGGAGUUGUUACAGCGACCCUGUUCAUUUUCUGGCAAAUGAUUGUCUACGUGAAUUUUGCUUCCCAACUCAGCAGCAGCUGGGAAAAAGCAGCGACAAAUGCCUCCAGUACUUGCUGGAAAGUUUCUUGGUAUUCUUUGAUUUGGCUGCUAUCCGCACUGGUUCUGGGCGUCACAGGCUUCUGUUUCUACAUCAUGUCGCAAGUCUUUACUGAUUCUCCUUCUGGAGCAAAUGGAGCGCAGGAUACGGACAAUAUCAGCAUCGACCUUGAUAUCGACCUCAACAACUGUUCAAUCAACCGCUGGUUUAUCGUCGCCAGUGGUCUUGCCUGCAUCUUCUUGCUGCUCAUAUCUCUAUUACCAUGCGGUAGCCGAGCGCCAGAUAGAAACUCGACUAGGGGAGUGCUUCAGUCAGCGCUGAUUAUUGGUUACAUAAUGUACUUGACCUUCAGUAACGGAUCUCAACUCUUUUACCGGAGCACAGUUUAUGCUCAAGCUGCGAUCAAGUAUGAACUACCGGUAGUCGAAACAACAACUGCAGCCGUUAGUAACGUCACAGUAGCCACUAAUCAAUCAGUAAGCACUCAACCUGACGAUGGAUUAUGCUACGAACGAUGCAUGGUUAUCCCCGAUCAUCUCAUUUUCCCUUCUUUUCCUGACUACAUCAAAGACAUUGCAAACGAUAUCAACACCAAAUGCAACCUCAACAACUCUGCUAGUCAAAACAAGCUCGCAAUGAUCUUCAAUUACUUCGUCAUUGCUUUGACUCUCUUCCUCGCCAUCUACGCCGCGAUGAACUCUUCCGAAGUAACGGGAAAAUCAAAAGUGGAAUCGCCGAUGUUCUGCUUUUGCUACGGCGAAACAGAGAUUCCGGAAAUCAAGAAAAUGCGCCUUGAUGGACAAAAAAUAAUCCCGGACGACCGUGAAAAGAUUACAUAUUCCUACUGGGCUUUUCAUUUGAUUUUCAUCGGAGCAUCGAUGUUUUUAAUGAUGACGAUUACAAACUGGUUCGUCCCACAAAAUGACCUUGAAGCUAAUUUCGCGCAAGGAGAAAACGCAGUGACUUUUUGGAUCAAAGCCGGGACUACAGUGAUAAUUGUUGGCGUAUAUAUUGGUGCUCUUGUUGCGCCACUGUUUUGCCCAAAGAGCUUUUUCAGUCAUCAACUUGAGGGAAAUGCUGGAACGACAACAAAAGCGCAGUUACUCCCAGUACAUCUGUGA